AUGAGUACCUUCGCACAAACGUCUGGGGUCAAACUGAUUUUGUUCAACUCAGAUGUUUGGAAGCACUUUGUCUGGGCCAGGCGGGAACAAGAGGCCAAGACGGCCGAAUUGAAGCAGCGGCUGGUGGAAAACAACAUCUAUGCAGGCUACGGGAAGAGUGAGCUGAACGUCGAGAAGAAGCGGCGUGCACUCUCAGAAGGUGCUGAACGACGAGAACUCCUCACAGACUACAGCUAUGUGAAGUCUGAGCAAGAUAAAAUACGGCGAGCUCAGAUUUCCAUGUUGGAGGAACAGUUGGCAGAUGAGUUGUCCAAAAGGAAAGCAGAGACCAUGCGACAUGAGAUGGACCGGCGGCGCAUUUGCGAUGGCUCUGAAGAGCUGAGAGCCCUGAAAGAGCGACUGCACAUGGCCAAAGUGAACAAGGAAGAGUGGGACGUCGACGUCCGGAAGGAGAAGCAUCGUUUGGCCGAUCACUCGUUAGCUGAGCACAUGGAAAAUGAGCGCUUGGAGCAGCAGGACGAAAGCCAUGGCGAUGGAAAGAAAGCCAAUCAAGAAAAGAUUGAAGCCGAUGAGCGAGCAGAGAAUGAGCGCAUCGAGCAGUUCGCUAGAGACAAGCGCGAACGUGAGGAGCAAAUGGAACGAGAGCGACAAGAAAAGGAGAAGGAGAAAACUCGCGUCCUCAAUGCGAUGCUCGGCAAGAUGGAGGCCAAGAACAAGGAAGCAGAGGAGCUGGAGAUCCUUCGAAAUGAGCUGCAUUUCGAAGAGCUUCAAGCAGAAGCUCGAAGACUUGAUGAGAUGAGGAUGCGGAAGAAGUUGGAAGACCGCGAGGAAAUGAAGAACGCGUACUUGGUUCAGAUGCGCAGGAAGGAGGAGAAGAUGAUGCGCGCAAGGGAAGACGAGGCGAAGAUGCGGGACGAGCUGAUGAAGAAGUUUGCCGAAGACGACCGCCUGGAGCAGAUGGCGGAGCACAAGCGACGCAUGAAGGUGGAACAGCACAAGCGGGAGGCUGAGCGCCUGGUAGAGCUUCGACGUGAAAUGUUCCAUGGACAGCAAGGAGCACUGGUUGGCUGA